GUUAACGUUUAGAGCUAUUCAUCCUAAUCUAAAGCACCUUUUGUUCAAUAAGAUGACAAUUGAAGCGCCUCCUUUUCAAAUUGAUAGCGGUUACUUGGCCGAUCGCAAGAAGGAAAUAAGAGAAAAGAUUAUUCCUUGGGAAGGUCUUGCAAGAGCUGGAGUUAUCUCAGAGGAUGAAGCCAACCAUAUUAAGAUCUUGGAAAAGCAAUCGAGAGAAAACAAAAAUUCCACCAUUUUAUCGGAAUUAGAACUCUACACUAACACAAUUUUAAACUUGUUAAGUAAAUUAGGCGUCAAUUCCAGAGAUGAAGUGUUGAAAAAUGUCUUAGUUUUGAUAAACGAUAUUCUUUUGGACUUGCCUAACCAAGAAUUUGCUGAUUCUUUAUUGAAGUUAUCUAAGUUGGACGAGUCCUUACCAUUUGACCCAUUUUUGAAACAUUUGGAAGACUCUAAUAUUGACAUUAAGAUUUUAUCUUUAUAUAAUUUGACUAUACUUUUGUCUAGAGCAGGUAAGAAUGAUGUUAAAGUUAAUGGUGAGAUUUUAAACCAAAUUUUUGGAGUUUUGUCUACUCAAUUGAUUGAUAACAACAAGGAUUUACACUUGCCAUUCAUUGGUAUUCAAUUAUUACAAGAAUUAGUUAUUGUGAAGCAAUUCAAGGUCACCUACUUGAAGAAUGCCUCAUCUUACUUCCUGCCAAUCAACAAGCUUAUUUCGAAUAUGGCUAAGCUUCCAAAUUCAUCAGGUUUACAAUUGCUUUACAAUGUUUUGUUGACUACUUGGGUUUUAUCCUUUAAUGCUGAUAUCAACAAGGUCUUAGUCCAUAAAUUUCCUGAACUUAUUGGGAACUUGUUGACCAUCUCCAAGGACUCCAUCAAAUUGAAAGUUGUUAGAAUGUCUGUUUCAAUUUUGAAGAAUUUCAUAUCUGUAAGUGUUUCAGGUAGCGAAAAGUUCAAAACUAUCAAGUUGGUAUUAUUCCAUGAUGGUCUCAACUCAAUCAAGGUAUUGCAAGAUCGUAAGUUUGCCUCCAACAGCAGUGACGAGGAAUUAUCUAAUGACUUGGCCUAUUUGAAUGAUAGUUUGACUGAAGUUGUCCAGAAUAAACUUACAUCUUUGGAUGAAUAUUUAACUGAAUUAGAAAACCCAAAUUUGAUUUCUUGGUCUUCUCCUACACACAAAUCUACUGAGUUUUGGUUAGAAAAUUCUGGUAAAUUUAAGGACUCAUCAUACAAAUUAGUUAAGAAAAUCCUUGAAAUUUUAUCCUCUAAGCAAACACCAAUUGUGAAGUUAAUUUUAUUAAAUGAUUUACAAUUUUUGAUUCAAAACUUGGGUAAUGAUUUAGUUUCAUUUAUCAAUGAAGAAAAGGAUGGACAAUAUAAACUCUUGAUCAUGGGUCUCUUAGAAAGUAAUGACGGUGAUAGUGAGCUCAAGUACCAAGCAUUGAAAACUAUACAAUUAUUGGUUGGUCACAACUUUUAAUAGAAAAGCAUCUUAACAAUCAUCUAGACUUGAUGUUUCUACUCUUUUUUUCCCCACCCUCUUUUUAAUUCUAAAAUCCUUUUACUUAUUAUAUAAUUGUCUACCUGGAAAUAAAUUCAAGUUUACUAUUAAAA